CGCGAAAUUUCCACUCGUUCGCGAAUUCGUCGUCCGUUAUCCCGUUGCGAUUACCUCGACACGAUGCUGUUGAAGGGCCCUCUCAUGUAGUCGUCACGAGCAAUGUGUUCUUAUGUUGUUCUCGGCUCUCUUUCGCAAUCUUCGUGUCGUGAUUACGAUGUCUAUCGGUUGCAUCUACGCAUCGAUAAAUACACAAUUACGCACAACAAAUUACAGCAAUACGACAAUAUUCAACACAGAUGGGCCAGUUACAAAUCAUCUCCUGUAUAUACAACACCUGAGGAUUAUACAGAUUAUGAGAUAACAAAAGAUCCAAAUGAAUGGAAAUAUGUAGAGCGUUUACUUCCAUAUAAAACAAUACCUAAACCACCCACUGGUGACAUCAAGUUGCCAUCUGGUUGGAAACCAGCAUGUGCUUCACCAACCGAUUAUCCAUAUUUUAUACGUCGUACAAGAAAUCACAUGCAACCUGUAUAUUUGGAGAUUACAUACAGAGGAAUGAGAAAGAUUACAAUAGUUAGCAAUAUUGAGGGAGACAUAUGGGAAUUAGAGCAUGAAUUAAAGACUUAUUUGAAGAACUACUUUUUGAAGAAGAAAACUAUUUGUUCUCAAAUACACGAAUUCUCAGGUAGAAUUAAAUUCCAAGGAGAUUAUGUAUCUCGUAUCAAGGAAUGGAUGGACAUGAAAGGAUUCUAAGAGUCUUCAUGAUUAGGAAUAAAUUGUUAUCUACUGUAAAUAUAAGAAAAAUAAUAAAGUUGUGUUACCAAAUAUGUCAGUACCUUUACUAAUAGUCCAUUAACCAUUUUACUCAGUUUUAAUAUGUCUCAAAAGAAUUAGCAACCUUUCUUUUUUAUUUUUUUUUUUUAAUAUUCACCCAAUCUUACUUUUUAUUGAUUAGUCAAGAAGAUAAGAGGUAUUUUAACAUUCUUCAACAUUACUUUUAUUAGUUUGAAAAUAUAUAUUUAUGUAAAUGUUAAAGAAAUUACUCGUACACGUUCUUAAAGUGUCAUAAGUGUAGUAUAUAUAUGCGCGCGCGUAUUGCACAUCUAAUAAUCUUAAAUUAAUGAAAAGAUCUGAAAUAAAAAGAUGUACAAUGUUACGCAAAUAUCGGAUUAAAUAAUAAUCAUAACAAAUCUACAUGUAUACUAUUGGUAAAAUAAUUACAUUUUCAUAAGCUUAACAUAGGGCUCAAAGUGUAAGUCUUUGCUCUCUUUCUCUAUUUGUACGUAGUAUAUAUAUAUAUAUAUAUAUGAUAUAUUUAUCUCAUUCUGUAGUAUCGUUUUCCAUACACAUAUGUAAGAUGAUACUAGUAAACACAAAAUAUGCGGUCAAACAUGCUGAUGAUUUAAGUGAAACUAUGAAUGUGCCUUUGUGUAUACACGCAUAUGUAAAAUAUCAAAAUAAAUAUGCGAUAUUCUAAUAUUUUUAUCUUGGAUACAAAAGUUUGUGGAUUUUAAAUACUUCUCCCCAUAAUAAAACCUAAUGAUAUUUUUAUAUAUACGUUUGGAGUUAUUUUCCAAUGUUUUGAAAACUACAUAAUGCACGUUACAUGAUAAAGAGAUCGAGAGAAAGGAAUAUACUCAGGUGAAAGAUCCCGGAUAUGCUGCUUUAUCCUAUCAAAUACAGGAUUUUUAAAGGACGUGUACAAACUUUCUUGCGGUAUAUUUGUUACUUUUUUUUUUAGAUUUAUUUAAUGCGAAUAGAUUUUUGUUUAUUUGAUGCAAGUGUCAAGAUUUACUUGAA